CUCCCUCAGCUGGACCUCAAACAUCUAACAAUCUCCAUCUUCUCCAUAUCAGCUUUUCCAUUCUUCUUCUUUGCCACAGUUUAGUUCUAGUUUUACAGAAAUGGCCAGUUUUACUGUGCACCAUUUGUACAUGGACAAGUGAUUAUUUAUUUAUUUAUUUAUUUUUGCUCUGCGUGUUUUUCGUCCUCCCAGAAACCAUCUCUUCUGAACUCGGCCGAAGUAAAGCCCCAUGUUCAGAGGCAGAGCUCCGGCCACACUCAUGUCCUCAGUCAUUGCUCCCUCCAAUCCCUCCGGCUCCACGGGACCCAAAGAGGUGGAGCUGAUCUUGGUGAAGGAGCAGAACGGCGUUCAGUUCACAACCUCCGCCCUGGUUUCGCCGACCGGCCAGACUCAUCCGUCUGGGGAGGAGCGAGAAACCUGGGCCAAGAAAAUCGACUUCCUUCUGUCAGUAAUCGGCUUCGCUGUGGACCUCGCUAAUGUCUGGAGGUUCCCCUACCUGUGCUACAAGAAUGGAGGAGGUGCCUUCCUCGUCCCCUACAUGUUCUUCAUGGUGAUCGCCGGAAUGCCGCUCUUCUAUAUGGAGUUAGCACUGGGACAAUACAACCGUGAAGGAGCUGCAGGAGUGUGGAAGAUCUGUCCCAUAUUUAAAGGUGUCGGCUUCACCGUGAUCCUCAUCUCGCUGUACGUGGGGUUCUACUAUAACGUCAUCAUUGCCUGGGCGCUGUUCUACCUGUUCUCGUCAUUCUCCGCCGAGCUGCCAUGGGUCAACUGCAACAACACGUGGAACAGCGCAAACUGCUCUGACCUCAACGCCACCUUCCUGAACGACUCGCACAAAGCCACCCCCGCUCUGGAGUACUUCGAACGUGGUGUGCUGCACCUUCAGGACAGCACAGGGAUCGAUAACCUCGGACUACCUCGUUGGCAGCUCACUUCCUGUCUUGCUGUUGUGAUUGUCGUCCUUUACUUCAGUCUGUGGAAGGGAGUGAAGACCUCAGGCAAGGUGGUGUGGAUCACUGCCACCAUGCCUUACGUGGUUCUGACAGUUCUCCUGCUGCGAGGUGUGACCCUGCCUGGAGCCAUGGACGGCAUUAAAGCCUACCUGAGUGUGGACUUCCUACGUCUGUGUGAUGCUCAGGUCUGGAUUGAGGCGGCGACGCAAAUCUGUUUUUCUUUAGGAGUCGGCUUUGGCGUUUUAAUCGCCUUUUCCAGCUAUAACAAAUUCACCAACAACUGCUACAGAGACGCCAUCAUCACCAGCUCUAUCAACUCACUGACCAGCUUCUUCUCUGGCUUUGUCAUCUUCUCCUUCCUGGGCUACAUGUCGCAGAAACACAACGUGGCUCUUGAUAAAGUUGCUACAGACGGUCCUGGUUUGGUGUUUAUAAUUUACCCAGAAGCCAUUGCAACGUUGCCGGGCUCCUCAGUCUGGGCCGUGAUCUUCUUCAUCAUGCUGCUGACGCUGGGCAUCGACAGCGCUAUGGGCGGGAUGGAGUCAGUAAUCACGGGACUCAUAGACGAAUUCAAGUUCCUGCACAAACACAGAGAACUGUUCACACUAUUCAUCGUGGUGUCCACCUUCCUCAUCUCACUCUUCUGUGUCACCAAUGGAGGAAUCUACGUGUUCACAUUAUUGGACCACUUUGCAGCAGGGACAUCGAUCCUCUUCGGCGUGCUGAUUGAAGCCAUCGGCAUCGCCUGGUUUUAUGGUGUGGAUCGUUUCAGUGACGAUAUCCAGGAGAUGAUUGGGCAGCGCCCUGGAAUUUACUGGAGACUCUGCUGGAAAUUCGUCAGUCCCUGUUUCCUGCUGUUCAUGGUGGUGGUGAGCUUCGCGACCUUUAACCCCCCGAAAUACGGCUCGUACUCGUUCCCCGUGUGGGCCAACAUGCUUGGCUGGUGCCUGUCCAUCUCCUCCAUGAUCAUGGUUCCCAUCUACGCCAUCUACAAGUUCUGCAUGCUGCCCGGAAGCUUCUGCACUAAACUGGCGUAUGCCAUCACACCGGAGACAGAGCACCACCUGGUGGAGCGCGGGGAGGUGCGACAGUUCACGCUUCAUCACUGGCUGGUGGUGUGAACGUGGCACAAAGUAGUUACACAAGUCAACUCCUCCAGCUCAGUAGGGGGCGGUGUGUGCCAAACACGUGUACGUCUCGUCCUUCUCUUCCUCGCGUAAAAAAAAAAAAAAAAAAAAAAAAAAGAUAAUUAAAAGUGUUUCAGUGCCGAGGUAUUGAUCACAACAUGGUUAACUUUGUCCAAAAAAAAAAAAUCUAAAUCAUUUUAAGGCUGAACCCAAACGCUAGCAGCUAACAGGAAACAACUAGAGCAAACAGGUGUGAACUCUAGCGUUUGGGACACGGCCGUAGUCCCACUAUGAUGACUGUUACGAGGACUGUUUACUGUUUCUAGAUUCUUUUGUGAUUAGAGUAAAACCUGAGCCUUAUUGAUCAAUGUGAUUAACGUGUGGAAAACUGUAUACUGACUAACAACCUAGCAACGAAUAAUGUUGAAUAUUAUCUAGUGAGAUAGCUGUACAUCUUAUUUGUGUUUGAAACGAGAAAAAACAAGGGCGUGUUGAUCAGGUUUAUCCACUUAACAAAGCCAUAUUUGUGUGUCAGCUUUGCUCCGCUGCUCAUUUACAUUUUCGCAGAUAUUAGCGCAGCUCGUAUUAAGACGUGAUGCAGCGAGUGGUUACACAAUGCCUUGUGACAUUGACUAAAUUGUAUAGUUUAUGGUUAAAUAAACACCACAUUCUAGCUACUGAUUUUUCAGUGACUUGUUUGUUUGAGUGCAAAGAAAAAAGUGA